AUGACAGAGAAUAUCAUUCAGUAAAAAACUGAAGGGGAUGAAAGACCUAGUGUGUAUUUCCAAUAAGAAAUGGACGGAGACAGUAUUAUAUUAUUUGUUAUAUUAAGAAACAAUCUAUAAAAAUGUAAGAAAAGCAAAAAUUCCAAAUACUGCAGAUAUUGCAUACUGUGAGAUAAGAAUAACUGAGUUAUAAGCCGAAUUAGAUGCUUAACGUGAGUAGGUUUUCAAGUUAGAACAACAAUAAGAUUUGUAUGUAACAUAUGAAUAGACAGUAAAUAUUACAAUAAUAAUUCUUUAGAUUAAUUAAUUACAAGAAAGAAACUAGAUAUUGAAUGAUGAAAACAAAUAGCUGACACUUUUAUUACGUUCGAGAACAAAAGAGUUGGAUUUAGCAAAAUUUAAGAUUCUUGAAUAUGAGUCACAACUAGAGAGAUUGAGAGACAUAGAAUAAGAUUAUAAUAAUACAUAUGACUAAUUACAGGUGAGAGACCAAGAAUUAAAAGAGGUAAUAAAUUAUUUUCUAAGUAAAAGUUAACAGAAAAGUAUGGACAAUUGGAAUUGAAACAUUCAUAAUAGAAAGUACUUGAAUUAGAGAAUUUUGAUCUUAAAAAUAAGAUAACCAAUCUCUAAAAUGAUUUGAAUGUUUAUAAAGAUAGGAACACCAAAUUAGAAGCUGAGAGAAAGAGACUUGCAGAUCUGUAAACUGAAGUGUCUACAACUUCUAAGAUUGAAGUCUUUAAGAGUGAAGUCAACAUUUCAUAAGUUACUACUUAAUAACCUACAUAAGAUUAUGCUAAAUUCAAGACACAGUUAUAAUAAUAAUCAGAUCUAUUAAACUAGAUGAAAAACGAUAUUUAAGAAAAAGAUCACAGAUUAGGAUUGCUUAAUCAUGAACUUACUAAAUUAUAAGAAACAUUAUCGAAUAAAAAUGAAUAAAUAUCUUAAUUAUAAUCAUAAUUGGAUUUAACUGAUGCUAAACUUAAAGAAUUAGAAAGCAAGGCUGAAUAAUAUAAAGCAAAACCUACAACUAUCAUUAAAACUGUUGAAAAAAUAGUCAAAGUCACUCCUACCGAUGCUGAUGAAGAAAAAGUCAGAUUAACUAAUGAAUUAGAAAGAGCAAACUUUGAAAUCGAAAGAUAUAAGUUUGAAUUAGCUUAAUUAUAAUAAAAAUUGGAAACACAGGAGAAGAUAAUAUCUGAUGUAAUUAUUAGUUAAAAUAUCUUUAUAGUUAUCAAGAGAUGUCAGAUAAAUAAUAUAAUUAAAUGAAGAGAUAGAAUUAUUAAAGAUAGACAAGGCUAAUUUAAUUAAUGCUUUAAAUUAAAAGGAGUAAGAUUAAGAAUUUACUUUGAAUUUAUUAAAUUAAAAAACACUUGAACUUUAGAAUCUAGAUAAAAUAAAGUUCAAUUUAACAUUUGCUGAAGAUCAAAUUCAAACUAAAUAAAGAGAGAUAAUCUCUUUAAAAAGAAGAGUUGGAGAUGUUGAAAAUUCUAAUAAUUAAUUAAAAUAAUUAUAGCCAGAAUUAAGACAGGCAAAGAAUUUAAUUGAAGAAUUAAAAUCUGAUAAUGAAAAUUUAGAUUAAUAAAUUAAGUAACUUAAAGCCAAUUUGAUGGAUGCUGAAGUUGUUAUUAAUUAAUUAAAGAAAUUAGAAUAACGAAUAAAAGCACUCUAAAAUACUAAUUCUUCAUUAAGACAAGAAAUAACAUAAACAUUAACUGAAUCUGAAUAAUGGAGAUAGAAAUAUAAUUAAGGAUGUUCUGAAAUAACUAGAUUAUAAAGAUUAUUAGAAGUGAAUUAAUAAAGAUAAUAAAUUCUUAAUGAAUAAAAUAAAAAUUUCAAAAAUGACUUUGAAAUACCUGAUAUUAAAGUAGAUCCACUUCCAAUUCCUCAAAGGUUAACUAAAUAAAUUAUUUAAGAUGAAUCAUAAAUUACAAAAUUAAAGAAUAAUUUAGUUGCUGUUGAAUUAUAAUUAGAAUCUGUAUAUAGAAACAAAAUAUUAGAAUAAUAAACCUAUUAAAGUUAAAUAGAUGAAAUUAAUUCUAAAUAUCAACUGAAAAAGGGUGAAAGUGAGUCAUGGAAAUAAAAAUACUUAAAAUCAGAAUAAGAAAAUGUCAAAUUAAUGAAUAUCAAUGAAAAAUAUACUGUAUUAAUGUAAAGAUAUGACUCUCAAGAAAUUAUUAUAUAAAGUCUCAAUGAAAAGUUGAAAUAAUUGACUGUAGAGUUGGAUAAGAGUAGAGCUGAAGUAUUUAAUUUGCAUUUACAACUAAAUCAGUUGGAUGUAUUAAUUAAAGAAAGAGAUUAAUUCAAAUAGAGAGCAGAUGCUUAUUAUUUAGAAAUAUAAAAUCAAUAUAAAUAGAUUCCACUCUUAAAAGCUUAAAUAUUGGAUUUAACAAGAUAAUUGAAAUUGACAGAAAUUCCAGUGAUUCGUGUUGCAUAGAAAACUGAUGCAAUUGAAAAAUUAAGGCAAUAAAAUGUAGAAUUAGAAUAAAAAAUUGAUGAUACAUUAGAAGAUUAAAUUGAUGAAUUACGAUAAACUAAUAAAGUUCUUAGGUAAGAAUUAACUAAAUAAAUUGAUAUUAAUACUUAAUUGAUUAAGGAUUUAUCUAAUGCUGAUAGAAAGAAACAAGACAUACUAAUAGAAUUAUAAUUAUUAUAGGCCAUUGAAAUAGAUUAUUAAUAAUUAAAAAUUGCAUACUUAAAUAAAUAAAAAGAAAAUGAUAAAAUCAAAAUGUAAAGUGAUUAAAUUGAAUUUAAAUAAAGAGAUUUAGAAAAUGCUAUCCAUUCUUCAAAUCAAUUAGGAUUAGAAUAAAAGAAUGAAAUCUAGAAAUUGAGAGAGAGAACAAAUAAUUAAAAUGAAUAAGUACAUGAAUUAUUAAUCAAACUUAAUUCUUUAUAAUAGUUGAACAAUGAUUAUAAAUUUAAAUUAGAGAUGUUUCCUGAAUUGUAAGAGAAGGUGAAUUAAUAAGCUAAAUAGAUUGAUGAUUUAAAGAAAGCAUUAUAAAAUUCUAAUGAAAUAAGAGAUGAAUUAACUGCUAAAUGCACUUUAUAAUAAGUCAAACUUUAAAGUUUAGGUCCUCUCUAAUCAAAAAUUGAAAGUCUUUAAUUAAUAUUAGAUGAAAGAUAAAGAUAAUUAGAUUUAUGGCAAACUAAAGCAUUAGAAUUGGAGGAUAGCAAGUCAAAACUUAAUUAAGAAUGGAGAAAAAAAUUUGAUGCUGUUGAAAUCUAAUUGAAAAAUCAAAAAGAAUUAGAUUAAUUAUUAAAAUAAUAAGAACAUGAUAUUAAUGAUUUAAUUAGUUAGAAUAAUAAAUUAAAUGUCUAAAAUAAAGAAUUAUCUAUUUCAAAUCAACUACUUAAUAAAGAUAUUGAUUAAAGAGAUAUAGAAAUAAAAAGAUUAUUAGCAAUUGAAACUGAUUUCAGAAAAUUAAAUGAGAAUUUAUUAGUAGAAUUGUAAAGAAUUGCAGAUCUUACUGAUAAAUUAUAAAUUGCAUAAAAUUAAUAUGAUGCUGCAAAGAGAGAUUAAGAAAGAUUAGAAAAUAAAUGUGCUAUGAUGUCUAGUGAAAUUGAACGAUUAUCAAUUAUGGUUAAAAAUAAAAAUAUUGAAAUUGAAGGAAAUAAAGCUAUUUUACAUUAAAAUCAAUCACAAAUUGAUUAAGUUUAACCAAUUUUUGUUGAAAAUAAGAGAUUAUUUGAUGAAUUAAAUAAUGUAUUAAAAUCUAAUGAAGAAUUGAAAAUAUUAUCAAUUUAAUUGUAAAAAUAAAUUGAUGAAUUGAAAUCAACUAUUAAUAAUGGUAGUAAUUAUGAAAAUCAAUUAAAAGAUGAUUUAGAUUAAUUAGAAUAAGCAUUUAGACAUAAAGAAAAUGAAAUAAGUGAAAUUAAAUAAUUAUUAAGACAAAGUGAAAAUUAAGUAAAAGAUAUUAAGAGAGAUGAUUAAUAAUGGAUAGAUUAAUAAGCAGAAAAAGAGAAAUUAACAAAUUAAUUGAAUUAUAUUAAUGAAUUAUUGAAUUCUAAAAAUGCUGAGAAUGAAUAAUUAACUAAAUAAAAUCAUGUUUUGUAAUCCAAAUUAUUGGAUAAUUAAAAAUUAGAUUUUGAACAUUUAGAAUUAGCAUUAAAUACUAGAGACAAAGUAAUUGAAGAAUGGAAGGGCAAAUUCUAAAGAUUAUAAUAAGAUUUAUAGAAAGUUUUAGAAGAUAAAGUAGAAUUGGAAAACAGAUUCAGUACAGUAGAUUUGGAGAUCGAAAGAUGGAAAAGAAAGGCCAAUUCUAAUUCAGCUGAAAUUGAAAUGUUAAGAGUAACUAUUGACUAAUUGAAUGAUGAAAUUGAAAGAUUAAAUAAAAACACAUAAGAUCUAUUAAAUGUAAUAUUUAUCUAAUUUAUAAUAGGAAAAUGACUCAUGGAGACAUAAGUAUGGUAAUUUGCAAUAAUUGAUACCUUAAAUGGUACAUCAUUAACCUAAUCCAGAAACAUAAGCAUAUUAAGUAACUCCAGGAAAUAGUUUCAGAAUUCCCCCAGGAACUGAAAGAAAUUAGGGUAGUUUUAGAAAUUAGCCACCUCCUCUUGAUUCUAGAAGGUCUUUCAGAAGAGCUACCACUAUUGGUCUAACAAAACCAUGAU